GUGUACAAGAUCGAGUGCAUUUUGUUGUCGUUGUUUUUUCUAGUUUAAUUCGUUAAAAUAAAUAAAAUUUGCAUACAAACACAUUCCUAUUGAAUGCCCGAAGCGUUUAUUGACAUAAUUGUACAUAGAAAGAGAAGAAUUAACAAGUAAUUGCGUUUGAAAUAAUAUUCUUUCUUCUGGGAAUACAUGGAAGUUCUAACCCGGUACGCGGUUAUCCACGAUUAAUUACGAAAACGCACGAAUCGGUUUCUCAACGCGGGGUAACAGAGUCUUUCAUGGUUCGUUCGAGAGAACGGUCGGAGUCGCGAACCUUCUUAAAAUUAUCUUUAAUAAAUGUUUGUUUAUGUUAAUUCGUGUUUAUUAUCCGCAAGAGUUGGCCAUGACAGUGAUAAGUGCGUAAGCGUCUCGUAACUUUGUGUGAUAAUGUGGGGUUAGGACAUAGGAGCGUGAAGACAGUAGUGACGUCUAAGUGAAUAAGUUUAUGUGACACAGUUUUUAAAUGGAAAUAAUGAUAAUGAGAUGAUAGAAGAAGUUUGAAAAUCCAACAAGAAGGAAUUAUUCUUUGGAGGGAAAAUAAGAAUUGUAGGCGGAGCGUUGAGGAAGGGGACACGUGACACGGAAACUGUCACGCCGCCCUUGCCUCCUUCCCCUACCAUCCUUCCUCUAAACUCCCUCUCUAUCCUGCAACCCUCGAACCCCACUCCAACGACCAAAAACGACUGGAGAUGUUGCUUCUCUUCAAUAUAAUAUGACUAGAAUGUCCGUGGAAAUGCUAUGAUAUUGACCUGAUGCUUUACAAAUUUUUCUGAUAAUCCUAUGCUGUUUCAUGUUUUCUUUUGAUGUUUAGCAAGAGGAGAUGCAGAAGGCAAACCUUGACAUUAACUGUAAGACAAAUGGUUCAGGCUUGCAUUUGGACGUUGAUAAGUCCUCGAAGGAAGUGCUAGUGAAACAAGAAGCACAGGCAGUUGAUGAUGAAGCUACUAAGGUGAGAAUAAAACAAGAAUUCUCUGAAGAAAAUGAAAGUAGUCGUGUAAAUAUUGUAAAGAACGAGGUAUUAUCAGACUCGGAAGACUUUAAUCAAGGUUUUCAAGGCGUUGAACCUUCAAAUGAUAAUCAUCCUCGAAACUUCAGUCAUUCAAAUUUUCAAAAACAAUGGAAAUCUAGAGAAAUUAAUGAUUUAUCUCGUUUCUCGAAUCAGUACUUAUCAGCAAUGCAACAUCCGGCUUAUCAAGCCGUCGGUCCAGCAUUGCUAAAUGCUAUUGAAAAUCCGUAUUUUUCUUCAUCAUUUCCCUCUGCUUCUUCAAUACAAUCUGCCUUUUUUGAUCAAUCUCAAGACUCAGAACGCGAGAAAUAUGUCAAUGAGGUCAAACACCAGAGUCAUGAGAUAAAUGAAGAUAAACGAUUGGGUUAUCAUAAUCAUCAGGUGUCCAAGAAUAAUUUUACUACUUUUGCUAGAGAAUUUAAUGAAUCUGUUCUCCGCGAUCAUCGUUCUCAUCAUGAGUUUCACCAUGGAAAAUCGCUUGAGAUGAGAUAUCCAUAUGAUUUUCGUUCUUCAGAGCUGUCAUAUUUUAUUCAGCAUCAACAACUAGCAAAUCAAAAUAGCAUGCGAACUUUGUACCCAGGAAAAUAUCAAAGGAAGUGGAAUAAUUUGGCACUGAAGUUACUACAGCAGACAUCCCUGCCUUCAUGGUUUAUUAGACCGGAAGCACCGGCAAAUUCAUGUACAGGCGCCAACUCGUUGACGAGAAAUCCACAGAUUGAUUUCGCGAAAUCUGCGAUUAAUGAUAGAAACGUGCAUGGACACAUACCCACCAUCUGUACUUCAAUAAGAUGCACUCUAACUGGAUGCACCUGCGACUCCUUCACUCCAGGAAAGCGUCACCUGCGUAGCUGCGACAAAUGUCAUCACGGCUGGGUUCUUCAUGCACUCGCGCGACUGUCAAGCCUCCAGACUAGUCCUGAUGAUGGUGGGGAUGUCGCCACCAGCCCACGACGUCCUGGAAGGGAGGACAAAAGCGCUGUAGGGAGGGUAAAGCUUCCAAGUGACUGCAGUGGUGGGGAAACAACCGAGGUCGCGGAGAAGGAGGAGAUUCCACCGGCUUCAGAGACUGUCGAGCCGACGGUCGUGUUUGACGUCGCAUCCCUCGUCCUUUACGGCUCACGCGCGCUACCAAGUCGACUUAAGACUCUACUUGAUCAGUUGUUUAACCAGUUGCCACACGCGAAAGUGACACGACUUCUAGCCGCAUUUGGCUGGACCCACGAGGAUUAUUGUAGAGGAUACAUACUGCAGGACUCUCAGAACGGCCCACUGCUGGACCGAUGGAGCAUUUGUUCAGCUGAAGAGGAACCGCUGGUUCUUCAGCAGUUCCUCAGGUUCCCAGAGACGCGUCCAUACGUGCAGCAGCUGUUGCUGGCUGCCGGCACUCCAGCGUCGUCGGAUGCUAUGUCACCGAGCCGACGACCAUCACCGCCGACUAUGCCAUUAGCUCAUUUACCACCAUCGAUGCACUUGCUUCAUUGUCGACUACCGCAUCCUGGAUCUCGUUUAGCGUCUUCGCUACCUCCUACGACCUCGCAUUUAUCCAUGUCGCCGUCUGCACAAAAGCAUUAUACACCAUCGACAUCUGCAGCUAGCGCUACUACCAACGUAGCUAAUUCUCCACCAAGAAGCCUUGAAUCUUCGAGUUCUCAUCUUGCUUCGCCACUUAAUCGACUACAAAGUAUGCAGCCAUUUGACUUUCGUGAGCUUGGAAGCCUUGGCUUGCCAGGUUUCCCACCUCUUGGUCCACCACCACUAGAUCAACUCUUGCAGUCUAGAAAAUCAAUGAGACAUCCACAAAGUCCACACAGUCCACCUCAUCAUUCAUCAGCAUCUCAAUUGAGGCCACCAAUGCCAGUAGCACCGAUCUCCACUACAGCUUUAGCUUUUGGUCAUCCUCUCGCAGUCGCUGGUUCAUCAGGAGCUUUACCUCCCAAUUUUCCAGUUAAUUUCUCCCACCCGUCAAUGGGGAAACUCAAUACCGCUCUAACUGGUCCAGUUGAUGGUCAAAGUACUGGUGAUAAGAGUGAGUUUGGAUCAGAAACUGAAGAUGAUGAUGAAAAUUCUGGCAGUGCACUCAAUUUGAGUAGAAAGGAUUCUGUUAAACAAGAUAGACAGAGACAUCAACCUAUUCAAGCUGCUGUUCCACUUCAAGCUGCUGCUCCACUUGUCAGACCUCAAGGUAUUCCUGGUAGAAAGUCUCAAUCUCCAGGCAAACGAAGCCAAUGGGGAACUUCAUCUAAUUUACCGCCUAAUCUUGGAACUCCUUUCAUUAAUCCUGCAACAGGCAAGAAACGAGUCCAGUGCAAUGUUUGUCUUAAAACUUUCUGCGAUAAAGGUGCAUUAAAGAUUCACUUCAGUGCAGUACAUUUACGAGAAAUGCAUCAAUGUACUGUAAAAGGCUGCAACACUAAAUUCAGCUCACGAAGAUCCAGAAAUCGUCAUAGUGCUAAUCCUAAUCCUAAACUUCAUUCUCCUCAUCUACGAAGAAAGAUCUCACCGCACGAUGGUCGCUCAUCAAUGGCUCAUGCUCUUGUCCUACCUCAACAGAUUGGACUUCCUGUUCCUGCAAGUGGAUUAAAUCAUCUUCCAUUUGGAUCUUUUCCAUUGCUGACACCACCACCUGAUCUCCGUUCACCAGCAUCGCUUUGUGCUUUAGACUUCAAGCAUCUAGAUCUCUCAUCAACUCAAAGCCAAGUCAUGUCAUACGACGAGGCUAUUCAUCAAAGAAUGAUAACCACUACUGCAGCUACAACAACUGCACCAACGACUGGUCCAUUCUCAGCGUUUGCUAAUACAAUUACAACAACUAGUACUCACCUGAAGGGAUCAUCCAGCACUGCUAGUACUGCUGGAGCAUCACCGUCUUCUCAAACACCGUCAGUUAUUCUUGAAGGUGAAGAAGAAGACGACGAUGAAGAAGGUAUUGUAAUUGUUGGUGAUGAGAUGGAUUCAAUGGAUGCUGGAAGAUCAUCAAGGAAUGACGACGACCAGUCAGCUCCAUACAACUUGGCAAAACGACCAAAGUUGUCAAUUGGUGAAGGAGGUGAUGAAGAUCUCGUUAGUAACACAGACAGCGUUGAUGACACUGACUCAAUGGGUACAAUGGAUCAUCAUUCCACGUCUUUCAAUAACGCUCACAUGCAAUCCAAUGUCACAUUUAAUAAUCGUGGUGUACGAAAAAGAAAGUCACAGCAUCCAACAAGAUGUGCUAUGGCUACAGAAGCACAUUCAUCGUCGACUGAUGGAGACUCUUCUAAUGAUGCAGUUUUUCAAGAUCAACCCGAAGACAUGUCAAUGUCUCGGCUAGGGGCUGAACAACAGCGUAAAUCUUCACUUUCACCACGUAGAUCAAUUGCUGACAAUGAGCCAAACAAUCAAGUAGUAGUUGAAGUGAAACAAGAAUAUUCAGAGAGAACUUCAGAGACUGAAACCAAUACUGAGGAGCCGCAAGAUGAACCAAGAGAUCUUAGUUCUCGAGCGAGUAGCGUGAGGUCACCUAAAAGACCUCUCUCACCUGAGCCAAAGCGAGAGUCUUGCUCACCCCACGACAGAACUUCAGUAGACGAGCGCAAUGAUGAAGUACUCAGUCAACGUCGUAAAAGUCGACGUAGCAGCAACGAGGUCGAAGGAGAGAAAGACGAGAAAGAGAAUGUAGUCGAUGAUGAGCAUAAAGCAGUGGUGAAAGAGGAAGUUCCUGAAGAAGCUACGCAAGAAGAAGAGCCCCGUGUUCCAGCUACGAACGAAGCUGAUGAGGAGGAUGAUGAUGACAAUGACGAUGAAUCGAAGGAUGGAAGUCGUCGUAAACGUGAAGGUGAGCGUCCCGAUGUUCCUUCCCGUGCCCCGAGCUCGAUCGACAACUAUCCAACCGCUACUGACGAACUCUCCCUCGACUCCUCGAAUGCUUUGCGUCAACUCGAGUCCUUGUCGCAGGGUCGCAUGAUGGGUCCAUACAACUCAGGGAGCCGUUCGGCGUCGAGGCCUGGCAGAAUCUCUACCAGCCCCACCACCAGCCCUAUCCUGAUGCAGGACAACACCAUGGACAAUUACUCUCGUGGCUCGCGCUCGUCCAGCGCCUCGCCCUCCACAGCGGCUAUGGAUACGGACAGUAGUCUCAUCACCUACGCGAGGUACGAGAACGGUGGUUUUGUGAGUACUCAGGAGGUUCCACUUGAUCGAGAAAACCCACGGCGAUGUACAGCCUGCGGCAAGGUCUUUCAAAAUCAUUUUGGUGUUAAAACACAUUACCAAAAUGUUCAUCUUAAGUUGAUGCAUCGCUGCAGUGUUGAUGGUUGCAACGCAGCUUUCCCGUCCAAAAGGUCUCGAGAUCGUCAUUCAGCCAAUCUCAAUCUUCAUCGAAAAUUACUCUCAACUACAUCCAGUCCACCACUGUCUUCAAGUUUACCACCGAGCCUAUCUCCAAGAAUCGAAGACUCUCAAAUGAAUCCUCUGCUUCACAAUGACUUUCUCGCUCGGCUUUAUGCUGAUGCAGGAAUUGGUGGACUUGGUGGUUAUGGUCUACCUUCAGCAGUUGAUCUAGCUGCAAGAAUACCGCCUCCACAUCUAUUGAUGCCACCACAUCUAGGCACAUUCCCCGGGCUAUCAUCAUUCGCUAGCCAUCUUGCUGGUCUCAAUGGUCUCACUCAUCAACAUCUGAGUCAAUUAAAUCAUCUUACAAGGCUAAAUCAAGAACGAGAAUCCUCUCAGAGAAGCCCAGUUUCUAGACCAUUAUCACCAGCAGCUUCUCCAACGUCAGAAGAACGUCAAGAAGAAAUGAAAUGCACCAUAGCCGGAUGUGACAGAGUCUUUGGUUCUCGAGCGGUACGUGAUGCUCACUCGCGUGAUCCUCAGGCUCACAGGGACCUGCCGGUCAUCUCCACUAGUGGCUCGUGACCAACGUCCGCGUAUCCGCUCGCAAUCUCCCGGCGCGGCUACGAACCAUACCUUUAAUCCCAAAAUCUAACUUGGAGAAUUGAAUAUCGCUGAACUGUGGGAUGUACUCGAUUCACUCGUUCUCACUCAACAAGAUCCAGUGUCUGAUAUAUCAACCUUCAUCUUCUUUUUUCGUACUUUCUCGUUCGUGCGUUUCGAUUCGAAAUAUUGAUAUUUGAAAAAUAUUUUUAAUGUUCAAUGCACUUACAAAAAAAAGAACCGACUAUACGAAUGGAACAUUUUAAAUAAAUAUAUAAAUAAAAUACAUAUAAAUACAUAUAUAAGUAAUUAAAAAACUGAGUAGAUUGAAAAAAAAUAAAUAUUUAUUGUAUUAAUUCAAAAGUGAUGAUUACAAAAUCAUAAGAACUUUAUCAUCGUUGUGAUUGCGUACGUUAGUAAUGUACGCUAAUAAAUAUUUAAUCAUUAAUCAGCUUAGUAAUAUUGUAUAUAUCAAUUGAUGUAAUCGCUUAAAUUGUUUUAAUCAAAGUAUAAUUAGAUAUUAAUCUACUCUAGAGCCAGAAUCUGGCACUAGAUUUUGUAAAAUUUGAAUGUUUAAAGUCGUUGAUAAAACCAGUGGCAGUGCUUUAAAGCAAUGGCAAUAAAGGUAGAAUUAUUUCCAGAGUGUUAAUUAAUAAUAUUAUUCAUUGAUUAAUUAUCUAAUCAUGCUCUAAUAAUAAAUAUAAAAUAUUAAUUAGCUCUGGAUUAGCUGUAAAAGAGCGAGAAAAAAUAUAGAUAAAUAAUAUUUAUUUGUUUCUUAGAGAUCUUAAUUAAUUGAUUAAUUAAUAAAUUAAAGUACAUUAACAAAAUAAUUAAUAAUAUCGGUAAUACUUAUAGGCCGGCUGGUAGCAGGCACUGCCGUAAUUUCCUUAUCUUAAAUAAAUCUUGAGAAAAAACUUUUUAAAUUCACUAUCAUAAACAUCGUAUGCUCUUUUAAAUGUAAGACUAAUUGAUCGUAUAAACAAAUUUAAAAACAAACAAAUAAAUAUUUAUAAUGUGUAUUUAAGGUGCACAUUUAUAGUGAAUUGAAAACUUUUGAUUACAUUGCUGAGAAAUAGAACACUACUGCCUGUCGAGUAUCAUUAUAUAAUCUCACAAGGUUGAACAGAAUUUAAUUCAAUAAAAUGUCGCCUAUCAAUGAUCGCUUUUAUCGUUCAAUUAAUUGUUCUCUUGAAUUGUAAAUAUGUUGGUUAAUUAAUUUGAUGAUAGUAAAAGGAAGGUAUAAAAUCUCGUGCGUUCGUCCCCAAGUUCUAUAUAUGUUAAAUAGUUCAAAUGGACAAACUUUUUUAUGCUAAUUUUUAGUAAUCACUUUGCAUCAGCAAAUUGUUUUUAUUCAUCAUGAAUAUCAUCAUGAAUAAUAUUGAUAUUAAUUAAAGCCACUUUUAAUUAUAAAUGUGGUGGCAAUUAAAUAAAUAAAAUAGAAUUAAAGUGAAACAUAAAAAUAGCAAACAUAUAUCAUAAUAAAUUAAGGCGAAGCGAGAAUUUACCAUUGUAAUUAUGUAUAAACCA